GAGAUAAAAAAAAGAGGAAACAGUGCGAGAAACCGAAAUGAAAUGAAAACUUCUGCCAGUGCGUUUCGUGUGUGUGCAGCAGCUUAUAAUGUGCCCAAUUGCCGCAGCAAGAUAGGAAAGUGCGAACUAGGAAAAUGCAUCCGCAAAGGGGCUGUAUUUGUUGCGUGUUGCGCGUUGGAUUAAACUGUAGAAGCCGAAACUGAGCGAAAACAAAACAAGAAAUCCUUCAAGCUUGUGCUCCGCGUGUGCGUGCGUGUGUGUGUUAAGCAUUCCUCCUAUCGCAAAGGGGGAGGUGGUUGGUUGGUUGGUUGAGUGGGGUGACAAAGGCAAGGGAGAAGCAGCAGCAGCAGCAGCACCCGCGAUCAGUAGUAGCAGCACGCCGAGAAGCAGCGACAGCGAUCUGCGAAGGAAAAAAAUGCAACGAUGGGCGAAACAGGGGCAAAAGGGAAAUCAGGCACAGCUGCAUGUGCUAGCUGCUACAACGCGAUAGAACCGGAACAGCAUGUGGCCGCCGUCGGUCAGCUGUGGCACGCGGAAUGCUUUAGAUGUUCGGUUUGCGAUGCACGACUGUCGAGCUGGUACUUUGAGAAGGAUGGACUGCUGUUCUGCCGGGAUGACCAUUGGUCCAAGUUCGGUGACUGCUGCCAGCAGUGCUCGCAGUUUAUCUCCGGACCGGCGAUGUUUGCCGGCGAUCACAAGUUCCAUCCGGAAUGCUUUCGGUGUGAAUCGUGCAAAGUGUUCAUCGGCGACAGGGAAUCGUACGCACUGCUGGAACGCUCCAAGCUGUACUGCGGAGGGUGCUACAAGCAGCAGCAACAGCAGCACCAGCAGCAACAACAGACCGCAUCGGAAGCUGCCGGUCGGAACGGUGCAAUAGUGUCGCCGACGAAGCAGGAACGGCAAAGAAUUCCACAUUCCAUCCGGCUGGUCGAGAUACCGUGGAGUGGCAAUCGAUCGGAUCGUAUCCGUCUGGCAACGGAUGAUAAACCGUCCGGCGUGAAGGGUGUUGCCAACGGAUGCAAAAGCGUUCGCAUAUCGGACUUGUUCUGCGCGGCGUACGGACAGAUGGGAAAGUACAUCUUUUCGUGCAUUAACACUGCGCUGGAUUCGUGCUGUGGUUUGCUUCACUUUAGAGUAACGCUCAACUCAGAUCUGAUGGCCCUGCGGGUCGGCGACAAGGUGCUGGAAGUGAACGGUACACCCGUGCGCGAUGUACCGCUGGAAAGUUUGCAAAAUCUCAUCGAAGCUUCGGCCGGCAAAGCCCUGCAGCUUACGGUCGAGCACGAUCCGGAUGUAGUGGCGCUGGCGACGGCCGGCGGGCUGCCCGGUUGCAAGGGCAUACUGUCCGCUUCGUAUGCCGGCACCGAAACGAACUGUACGGAUGUGCUGAAUAACAAUCAGAAUGAGGGUGAGGAGGAGUGCACGCGGAGCCUUUCGCCGAGCAAGUUGGAGCGAAUUUUCCGCAAGAAGGAUGAAGGCUACAUGAGCGGAUCGUCCCGGAAGCUGCAAAAGCGUCUCAAGGAUGUCAAUUGCAAUACGGCUACCAACAGUUUGAAGGAGAAGGAACGCAGCUCAAGCAUGUCGCGGCUGCUGGACGAACAUCGUACGAUGGCCACUGGUGGGGAGUUUUACGAUCUUUCCCGCACGAAGUCGUUCCGCGUGGAGCCGAAGGCGGCCCGCAUAUUCCGUGCCUCGGACCUGGUGCAGGGUGAGCUGCUCGGGAAGGGUUUCUUCGGCCAGGUGUUCAAAGUGACGCAUCGCGUAACGCAAGAGGUAAUGGUGCUGAAGGAACUGUACCGCGUCGACGAGGAGGCGCAGAAAAACUUCCUCAAAGAGGUUGCCGUGCUGCGGUCGCUGUCGCACCACAACGUGCUCCGCUUUAUCGGUGUGCUGUACAAGGACAAAAAGCUUCACCUGGUGACGGAGUUUAUCCCGGGCGGAUCACUGAAGGAGCUGAUACACGAUUCCGGCCUACCGCUGAGCUGGGCGCAACGGAUCUCUUUCGCGCGCGAUAUUUCCAGCGGCAUGAGCUACCUGCACUCGAUGAACAUCAUCCAUCGGGAUUUGAACUCGCUCAACUGUUUGGUGCGCGAGAACGGUACGGUGAUAGUGGCGGACUUUGGGCUUGCGCGCAUCAUUAAGCAGCCGCUGAUCAGUACGACGGCGUAUGAAAAGUGUACCGCCACACCACCGCAGCCAGCAGCAGCAGCAGCGGCAGCAGCAGCGAGCAGCGGCAAUAAUGGGACGAUCGGGCGCCGGGGCAGACCCCGCCGGCAGCGGUACACGGUGGUCGGCAAUCCGUACUGGAUGGCGCCGGAAAUGAUGCGCGGCAACAAGUACGACGAAAAGGUGGACAUCUUCUCGUUCGGCAUCAUGCUGUGCGAGAUCAUUGGCCGGGUGCAGGCCGAUCCGGACUAUCUGCCCCGCCUGCCCGACUUCGGCCUGAACGAGAAGGUGUUUCGGGAGAAGUUUUGCGGCCAGUGUCCGGAACCGUUCUACAAGAUUGCCUUCCUGUGCUGUGACCUGAAUCCUGACAAACGACCUCCAUUCCACGUGCUGCAGGGUUGGCUGGAAACGAUGGCCACCGUCGUGGCCCUGCAGCGUCCCAUUCCGAUACGCAUCAUCGACGAAAUCGACAACUUUAAGGGGCUGCGAAGCACGGAAUCGAGCCUGUGCACGACACCGGACGGGUUGACCACUCCGCCACCGUUGUCCGGGUACGGGCUGAAACCAUCGCUAAGCCGCAAGCGCAUUUGCGAAGGGCAGGAAGACACCGGCAGCACCCUGGAGCGGCAGCACAAGCUAAACGACACGGCAUCGGUACAACCGACCAGCUUCGACCUGGUGGACGGUGUUGUGUGCGAUGUGCCGGUAGAUAGUGACCUUCUUACACCUACCAACAGCAGCACACCUCGGCCGGUGGAGGAGCGGAUCGAACCGACCGCCCAAGCAGGGCCCGGAUUCGUCGUGGUAGAUUUUAACGAUAUACCAAAGUCCCCCCAUCUGGGGAAAGAUUUUUCCGCCAACGGGGAUCGCAUACGGGACAGCCUGCGGGCAAAGCGGCGCCAACGGAUGAUGCUCAGCCGGGAGAAUCAGCGCAAAUCGCUCGAUUCCAGUCUGCUGGUCGCUGCGGCCCGGCUUGGUGCAACGGAUCGACUGAUGGGCGAUGCCGUGGCCAAUGCCGCCGACGAUGGUAGUGCCUCGGAACCGAUCAGCUUAAUUAUGACUAAUGAAAUGAUCGCAAACGACGCUGCUGCUGCUGGUGCGGCUGCCGAUGUGCGUGCGUCGGAGUGUGUGCGUCCGUCGACGGAUCAGGUGCUCGCUUCGGUGAAAGAUAGCCUGGAGCGUGCCAAACAGCAGGGUGAGGUGCCGCGUGCUGUUGCACGGUUUGCAAUUGGCGGUGAAAGCUCCCAGCCGGACGGGCCGCAGAAGACGAAGCGCUACGGCGAGAAGGGUUUCGUAAUACACGUACAAAACGGGCAUCUGACGCUGAACAAUGUGCGCGAUCUGGAGAACUGUUCCGAUUUCGAUUCGAGCUGCGAUACGAGCCUGAACUAUCUCGAGGUAAACGGUAACCGGGUGGAGCAGCAGGAAGCAACGGACCCAACGGUGCCGAAGGCGACUCCAAAGAAGGACACUAAUCUAGUCGUCGAAAUGAUGUCGGUCGAGCGGGCGAAAGAUAUGUACCCGCCUGGGGAGCGUCGAAAGUGUGUCGAGAAGGAAAACAUUGCCCAAGGGUCGGACGCGGCGCUGGUGAACGCGUUGCCCGACGAACCGAAAUCGAUCGGCCCGGCAGUGAAAGCUACCUCUCCGCUGGCCGCGAUUCCAAUUCCGGAAAGGAACAGUGGGGCGGCGGCGGUGGCGGUUGCUGGAAAGGAUGCUAAAAAGGAGGAAAAAUCCCUUUCCUCCAGUGCUCAAAAAGCCGUCCAAUACACGCGGAAGCUGUUCCGGGUGGGCGAAACAGCCCAGUCGCCGGUCGCGAGUCCAACCAGCACGAAACGCUCCCACGAUCUGCUGGGUGCGCAUCGUGCCGGAGUGUCGCCGGGAUCGAAAGCAUCCGGCAAGGGGCAACACCACGUCCGGACGACCUCUUCAGAGCGGUCGGUGUUUUCGACCAAGCAGAAAAUAUCGCCCACCUCUGAUCCGGAACCACAGACCGGAUUCGGUGGCCAGACGUUCCCGUUGGCCGAUCGCUCCAAGCCAACAGCAACCGCUGCGGUAGUGGUGCACAACAAUAACCACAGUAUGGUGCAUUCGUACAAAUCUAAACCAAAUGAAGCGACGGAGAAGGGCAAUAAUGGGGCGGUACGGCAAUCGGCAGGCAAGCGCACCAUCACAGCUAGUUGUGCUGGAAAAGGAGCGUCCAGUGGAACGAACCGAUCGGUCAUUGGCGAUAGUGCGGUGUGUGUUGAUGCGAUGGUACCGUCCGCUGGCAAGCCGCCGAUCAGCUGCGGUGGUGGCGUUAGUGCUGCAACGCUGGCACGAUUGACGACAAAGGGAGGCCGCACGUACCGACCGGCGGAGCGUAUGACGGUGUACUACAACGAGAUGCGCUCGAACUCCGCUGGCAAGGAAAAGUACACCUCAACCCUUUCACCAACGGUUGGCAGUAGUGGCAGCAAUUCACGCACCGGGUCUCCUUCUCCUCCAGUCCCCAGUACAGCGGGUCGUUCUUUGCAAGCAAGCACCAGCAACAGUAGCCGCAGCACUGGCAUCCUUUCGCCCGGCAGCAUCCGUCGGCUUAACGCUCGUUUGCUGGAGGCGCGCAAAGCAAACGCCGCUUUAUCGCAGGACCGAUCGACUGGCAAAGGGAAAGCGAACGGGUCGCCAUUGCUUUCCAUGCCCUCGGGCACGGCAAAACCGGUGCCGGGGAUGGCACGGAAGGUACUGCUGACACCGGCCGGUGGUGCAGCAGGCCCGCUGCUUGGUAGUGUUGCGGGCGGCUAUGCCAGAGAGCGCAAGGUGCUGCCACCGGUCGCACCGCUGGUUAAGGUGCCGAAGUAACCGCGUCGAUCGAUUAUUGGCUGGUGGCUGGUGGUUGCUCACAAUUUGCAAAUAGUACCUUUUUUUAGGGAGAGAAAGUUUAUUGUCGUUUAAAGACACACUUAUAUAGUACACCAUUACAGAACUGCUGCUAACUGCUCAGCUAACGAUCUUAGGGAAAAAAGCCAGGCUCGAAUGUGCUCUCGUUAGGUAAAGAUAAGACUAGAAGAUGUUUGGCAAUAUUGAGCACCAAGGCCAUAUUGCGCAAAGCCAUUUUUGGUGCUCGCUCGCCGCUAAGCCACAUGGUGCGUGGUGUGCAACACACUUUACCGUACCUCUCCGAAAAGGAGGUACUAUCCCGUUAAAACUUCGAGUUCUCGAAGGUCCCACACACACACACACCUUCUUACUUAAGUGCACCCGUUUCAAACGUUUCCACCCAACACCCGUUAAUUCAAACUCGUCUCGCACACGGUUACUAUUAUUACCUUAAAACACUUUUAAAGAAAACACUCCUCCAAAGUCUCACUCCUCUUGCUCAGACUCACGCACGGCAUCAUAGGUGCAAAUAAUCUCUCUGUACUGUGUUGAGCGGUAAGCGAAGAAUGCUCCUGUUUUCGCUUCACCUGACCGGCCUCACCUAGAUUAGUGUGUGGCACUUUUUGGUUUGUUUUGUUUAUUCGUAAGAAUUCAAACGUGACUGUGACGUAUGGCAACAAAACAAAACAAAAAAGACGACGGUAGCUGUACAAGUAGCAGCUUUCGGUGUGUAUAGUUGGUUAGGUUUAGCCGAGCUUAGGUUUAGCUUUUGAAUAUUCCACGAAAAUGCCAUUUGUGUUUUUGCUUGCAUACACUGAUAUUCAAAUUGCGCUCUCCCUCCCCCCGGGUUUAAUACUAGUUUUAAAAGAUUAAGCUCGAAUUUUA